AUGAUAACGGAAUCGGUUUUAUUGCCAUCGUUAGCGAGUAUAACUUAUAUUGGAAUUCAUAUUUGUUCGGGAACGAUCCUAACAGAUCGAUUUAUUUUAACGGUGGCUCAUUGCGCUUACGAUGGUCUUCAUGAAAUCCUCCCAAAAGAAAACAUGAAAAUAGUCCUUGGAAAAACCUCAACUGAAAACGGAACAAUUUAUGAUAUUCAAGGUUUAAUAAUUCAUGAAAAUUUUGAUAACCUCACUUACGCCAACGAUAUUGGUUUAAUAAGAACGUUAAAUUCGAUUAUUUUUGGUAAAAAUGUUGCGCCUAUGGUGUUAAGAAGAAAAGCUGUUAUAGAUAAAAGUUUUAAUGAUAACGCAACGGUUUCUUGGUUUGGAUUUCCUACAUCUGAAAUGAAUUCGAGCGAUGAAACUUUUCUUAUAGCUAAUGUUCGUUCGAUUCCAAUCGAUGUGUGUAGAAACACGUUUGUCGCGGUCAGUUUAAGACAUAUUUGUAUGAGUAGUGUUGCGACUGAUGGUAAUUGUAAUGAAGAUUCAGGGGGGCCGUUAGUUAUUGGAAGUUAUGGUAAAAUUGAACAAAUUGGAAUUUUAUCUUUCAGUAUAAAUUGCGGAAUUAAUAAACCCGAAGUUUAUACAAGAAUUUCUUGGUAUUUUGAAUGGAUAAAAAAAGUUAUGGAGAGAGUGAAAUAA